CGAGCGUCCUAAGCACUGUGCCACCGACGCACAAGCGGACUUGUCUGCCUUUUAUAUGGAGAACAAAUGAAGACUUAUGAUAUUUAGAAAAUCGAUGCUCCGUAAUGAAUUUGCUAUCAAAGUGACUACCAGAAUAAGAUCCCAAAUACUCAGUAGAGUCAUUUAGCAUUAGAUCGUGGUUUGUUGUACACGGCGGGACAAACUGUUGUUGCGUUACCAAUGUCUUUUAAGGAGAGAGAUCUGUUGUAUCGACUCAUUAUAAGUCAACUGUUUUAUGAUGGCUUCCAAACUAUGGCUGUUAAUCUUGUUAACUUGGUGAGUCCUUCAACUACAUGUGGCCCGUCAAACCGUCUGUUUCGUCUUGUAAAAAUUGGUCUUUCUGCUUCUGAAGAUGAACAAGAAAAGUCGGGUGUUCUGGAGGGCGAAAGUGUCGCUCCAGGUAUUGGCAUCGAUCUGGAAGUCGAAAGUGAAAGUUCGACAAUGGCCCCUGAAGCAGCACUUUAUGAGACCUGUUAUGUAACAGCUCACAAAGCAGCAUGUCGAGCGGCAUCCUUUAAUAGUACAGGUCAACUGGUUGCAACAGGAUCUCAUGAUUCUUCUAUCAAGAUUUUGGAUGUUGAACGAAUGCUUGCGAAAAGUGUUUCACCAAAUGAUCAUAUAGCUCAAGAGACACCUCAACAACAAAUGGAAACUCAUCCGGUUAUUCGAACUCUUUACGAUCAUACAGCCGAAGUUACUUGUGUUGAUUUUCAUCCAGAUCCAACCUUACAAAUUCUUGUUAGUGGAAGUAAAGAUUAUACAAUUAAGCUGUUUGACUUUUCUAAUCCAUCUGUAAAGAAAGCUCAACGUAAUAUUCCGGAAGCCUCACCAAUUCGAACUUUACAUUUCCAUCCCUCUGGUAAUUUUUUACUUGUCGGUACGCAGCAUAAAACACUUCGUUUAUAUGAUGUACAAACUUGUCGUUGUUAUGUAUCAGCUGUACCAGAAGAUCAACAUCUAAGUGCAGUUAAUAUGGUACGAUGGUCUCCUAAUGGAACAGCAUUUGUAACUGCUGGAAUGGAUGGCAGUUUCAAGAUAUGGGAUGGAGUUUCAUGUAGAUGUGUAAAUACCUUUGAAGCAGCACAUGAUGGAGCACCUGUGUGUUCUGUAGUCUUUUCACGUAAUGGCAAGUAUAUUCUCAGCUCGGGUAAAGAUAGUGCUGUUAAACUAUGGGAAUUAGCUACUGGACGAUGUCUUAUCACAUAUACAGGAGCAGGUACAGUUGGAAAUCAAUCACAUCGAUCAAUGGCUGUUUUUAAUCAUACUGAAGAUUAUGUACUCUUUCCGGAUGAAGCAACAAAAAGUUUAUGCUGUUGGGAUUCUCGUAAUGCUGACAGACAACGUUUACUAGCGCUAAAUCACAACGGUCCAAUCAGAUGUUUUGUUCACUCACCAACAACAGCAGCAUUUAUGUCAUGUAGUGAUGAUAAUCGGGCAAGAUUUUGGUAUAAACGCCCUAUAUCAGAUUAAGCUUUGCAUACAUAUAUAAAUGUUAUACAUCAUCACUAUCAAAUAAACAAUUUUGUUUUGUAUAGACCGGAGUUCUGUUUUGUUUUGAUAUUAUCACUCAGACUAAUAAACAACAAUAUGUAUGAGAUGAUAUGUUUGUGUAAAGCUAGUAAAUUUAUUCAAUCUAUUUAAAUAAUAAUAAUGAAAGUGAUAAUGUGUGUAAAAUUGCUUGUACACAUAAAGCUAAAGAAACAAUGUCUAUUUUGAUUACCUAAUUGUGAAGCUGACAAAAGCAAGAUAUAAGAUAAAUGUUUGAUAAUAACUAUAUAACUCAAGGAAGGGAAAAACAGAGUUGUGUUGUUUAACCAGCAUGUCGAUUAACUUUUCGUGAUGAUUCAACAUGCAGAGGUAAAUUAUACUUUUUCCAAACAGAACACAAUGAAUCGACUAGUUGUUCAGUUAAUUGAUCUGUAUGAUGCGGCGUAGGUGCAAUGCGUAAACGUUCAUCGCCAAUAUCCACUGUUGGAUAAUUUAUAGAUUGUACAUAGAUAUUGUGUUCCGAUAAUAACUCUUCAGAUAUUUUUGUGCACAAUUUUGC